AUGUCAGCAGAUAGAAUGGAGAAUAGACACGCUCCCCCCGGUGUGAACUCACGUUCUCAGACUGCAGCCCAGUCUGCGGCCGAUCUUGAGGUUCUCCGCGAAAUUGAACACGUUUACUUCUCACCGCCAUCAGAAUUCGACGCGGCGCGAUAUGUGUUGGAACACGCACCGUCACCACCGGACUGUGACGCCAUUGAGGCUAUGUUCAGCAAACUUAAGCGCCAGCAACAGGUAGUAUCCGGGAAAGCCCUUCACUUAAUAUCGCAGCAGCGUGACAAUUGCGAUAGAGAAUUCGCGGAGAUACAAAACAUUCGCGCACAACUAACAGACACAUUAGAAACAUGUAGGAAAGCCAGGGAGCGCUUAAAAACAGCAUCCAACCAUCUAACUAUAUCGACCUUUGUCAUACUCGCUAAUGUAAGAAAGAGACAAAUAAUAAAAUCGGUCCUAAAGUCCCUGCAACUGUUGCAAAAUUUACGAAGCGUCGAAAAAGAUGUCGCUGAACUGAUAAAUAAGAAAGAGUAUUAUGAAGCGAUUGAUUUAAUUUUAAAAAGUAAAAAAGCGGCUGCAGCGCACAAAGAGUACACAUGUAUAGCUGAUCUGGCGACUAGACUUCAAGAUACCCUAGAUAUGACCGAGGAAAAGCUAGAUUCGGUACUGGCUAGUAUUUGUUACAAUUUCGACGAGGGAGUUUUUAAAAAGUUAAAGAAGGCAUACGACCUCCUUGGUAAAACUCAAGCUGCGAUGGAGCAAUUACAUAUGCACUAUUCGUCAGCAGUAAAUGAGUCAGCGCUAGAAGCUGUAAAACCUUAUCUGAACGAUUCGUCUUUAGAUAUGAAAUUUCAAGAGAUGUGUCAAUCAGUGCCGACGACAAAAGCUCCGGUGUGCUUGUUGAACCUUUGCGAAAAAUUGUUUUUGGUAAUGAGGAGCUACUACUUGCUUGUCAAUUGGCACGCUAAGAACGAGGAGUCUGUACCAAGUUCCAACGUCUUCGAUAUAGAGAAGAACGUUAGCAGAGAAUACAUAAAGCAGAAGUUAAAAGCUGGUCUCAUAAGAAUAUGGCACGAUGUUCAGGUCAAAGUUUCCACGUUCUUAAAGAGUUCAGGUCUCGAAGAGUUCCCGUUCGAAAAGUUUAUCCAGAUGCUAGGAAUCUUGAGGAAAUUGACUCAAGUCGCUGAGAUAUUCUGCGGCGACACGUCUGAUUUAUUGCAGGACUUUAUUAAAACACAGAGCGUGUCUUAUAUAAAGAAUUACCAUCGAGGCAGAAUGGAGGAACUGAAAUUGUUCUUAGAGAACGAAGGCUGGGAACAGUGCCCGGUGAAAUCGACGUUCAAUAUUCAAAAUUUACAAGAAUUCAAACAGUUCAGAAAGUAUUUGAAUCCCGUUAAAGCUGAAGCGUCAAUGGCGAAAGCGCAGUCUGACGCCACAUCCUCUGCUCCUUCCCAAGAUGAUAGUGUCUACAUAUCUAAAUAUUUCACGGAAAAAACUUCGAGAACGCCCUUCGAAAUAUUCAGAAAUGAAAACGUGACGAACGAUGAUAUAUUCGGAAUCGAACCGGAGUCUGAAGAUAGUGAAGAAUCAGAUGAGGAACCAGAUGAAUUAAGACGGGAUUUCGUCGACGAAACAGACCGUCACGACUAUACCACGACAAACGAUUACAUACCAAGUCCGUCGAAGAUAAAGGAAAGUGUUAUCGUCACGAAUACAACUUUGUCCGUCUUGCGAAACUGUGGACAAUAUCUGCAGAUCAGCAGAUAUUUGCCCCAGAUAUCUUUAGAAGUAAUCAUGUUGAUGAAUCAAUUGUUCGACUAUUAUUUUUACGCUGUCCAUUUAUUUUUUACAUCGGAUUUGAAUGUUUCGUCCUCAACGUUAUAUAGCACAAAAUUAAAUUCAGUGCUUAAAAGAAUAUCGAAUACUAUUAACGUGUCUACUGAAGAUAGCGCUAGCUUCGAGUGCCCGAGUAUACCAAAUCAUUUGGACAUGGAAUCUGAGGCAAACUUACAUGGUCUGAGCGAACGAAUCGUUGGAGUCGAAAGCGUGAUAUUCCUGGCGAAGCAAUAUGGACUCUUGCACCCUUAUUUAGAGUCGAUAGUUGCGCAACACCAGCGGAUGAUCUUAGAACAUUUUAGGGAUAACACAUUAGCAGUCGUGUCUGAUUUAAGGAUGCCUGUGUAUAUGUGUUCUGCGUCCAAAGCAGUUGACGCCCGUUCGGCUUUGAUAGCAAUGUCUCAAGUGCGCUGGGAUGUUAAAAACGUCGCUGUAGAGCACAGUCCUUACGUAGAUAUGAUUAUCCGGAAAAUUCAAGUGUUUGCACUACGCUUGGAGAACAUAUCGUCUCGAGUGACUCUCAAUGUUGAGGUCAUAAACUCGAUUUGGGCUAUGGUGUCUAAAUUUAUAGUACACUUGCUGGUCGAGGGUUUUUCGAAUGCGACAAAAUGUUCGAACGGAGGUAGGGGGUUGAUGCAGCUAGAUUACAGGCAGUUAUUCCUUAAGUUAGAGAAGAUAUCAGGGUUGAAGCCUGUACCUUAUCAAGAUUAUGUCGAUAAGUAUGUGAAAGCUUACUAUUUACCUAGAAAUGAGUUGGAAGAUUUUAUCAGGGAAAAUAAUGAGUAUUCAAAUAAGCAUUUAAUAGCUUUGGUGUCUUGUGCUUGCGAGAAUAAAAGGGACAGGCAGGCGUUAAGUGCAAUAAUUGAGAGCAAAGACGGUACAGGCUGAAAUAGAACUACCGUAUAAUACCAUGUGCAGUUUACAAGUUCAUUUGACGAUAUUGGUAUAUCUGUUCAUUCACAAAUUAGAAUAAUUAGCUGUGACAUUAAAAAAGUUUUAAAAUUUUAAAUCUUCGAGAGUCCAGAUCUUAAAAAAAAAACAUUUUUUAU